AGACAAAAAAGAUCCCUCCCUGUAAUAACAAGUCCCGAUAGCAUCUAGGAACGACAGAAUGUCUGUUCCGCCUCCAAAACCAAUCUCAAUUGUUUUCCUCUUGCAAGCGGGAUAUCUGUCAGCAUCAGCACUGAUUUUGAUAGUAUGGGCCAUCCCAGUAUUUCGACGGCGCUUUCUAGAAUAUGGAGCUCGCGCGUCCUCAGGAGAGCCAGCCGAGGGUGCGGCUUCAGACCAAGCAUCUAAAAAAUCCCACGAGGCAAACAAGGAACUCUCGCUCGUAUCACUCUUUGUCAAGGCUCUCGAUGUCGCCGCAAAGAUUCAGGUGCCGCAUAGCUGGUUCACAUCGUUCUAUGUCGUAUCAGUCCUGAGUUCGCUCUUCUGGCUUGUCGAAGUCUUUCGAGUGGGAGAUUUUUAUGGACUAAUCGUGGAAAACCGCAUCGCCCACCAACGCUCACAGAUGAGCCUGUCUCAGACGAAAUUGGCCUGGCUCCUGAUGCUCAUUCAAGGUAGUCGACGACUCUACGAAUCCUUGACCCUGCCGUCCUCGAGCACGUCGAGGAUGUGGAUCGGGCAUUGGGUGAUCGGCAUCGGCUUCUAUGUCGCCACUGGGGUCGCGAUCUGGGUCGAGGGUGCUGUGACGCUCUUAGCUAUCGAUGGGACCUUCCGAGACCUCAUCCCGUCGGCACCCAGCCUACGCACCUUCAUCGCCUUGCCCAUGUUCAUGCUCGCCUCAGGGCUCCAACACGACGUUCAUACCUACCUCGCUUCACUCAAGAAAUCCUCCUCGACCUCUUCAUCUUCUCCGUCCUCCAAAUCACAAUACAGUCUCCCUGUCCACGUUGCCUUCGGCCUGAGUCUCACCCCGCACUACUUCGCGGAGUGCAUCAUCUAUCUCUCCUUAUCCAUUCUCACGGCACCGAGUGGCUCUUGGCUGAACGGCACAAUUUUCUGCGCGUUCAUUUUUACCGCAGUGAAUUUGGGUGUGACCGCGGAUGGCACGCGGGAAUGGUACCGGAAACGUUUUGGAGCAGAGAAAAUCGGGAGUGCGGCGAGGAUGAUUCCGGGGAUUUGGUAAACCAUCCUACGCGGCGUGACGGGGACAUGAUCGAACAAGUGUCGCUGAGAUGGACGACGAGAAGGAUUUGUAAUGUCAUAUUAAGGAAUGGAAUUGGUUUUGCAGAGUGGACGUUGUCCAACACCGCCAUUAAAAAGGAAUACAUAAUAAAUCAAAAACGCAACCUGCC